AUGGCGAAAAAUCCAUAUAUUCAGAGAUGUCAAAAGAAACCAGGUAUGUUCUUUUUCAGCAGUCCCAUACAGUUGCUCAAUUCUUCAGAUUUUACGCAGGAGACUUUCCGUGGCUACCCGUUAGAACAAAUAGUAUGUUACUUUUGCUCUACUUUUUGAGUAACGCUCAUCUGCUGCCAUUCAAAAAAGACUUUGUUGGCAUCUCGCAAUUGCUUAUUCAGUUUUUCUAUAACUGUGUUGUAGUUUUGUAAUUUUUAGAAGUAAUUUCUCCCCAGUUGAACGAGCCUGUGACUCCCUAGACUUUCGCUGGAAAAUGCGCAUGCACCUUGAUAGAGAAGAGGAAGUUAGCAGACGUCAGCAGUUAAAGUAUCAUCUAGAAGGUGCGCGUUCUGUGUACAUUUUACGCAAAGCAAUUAAGUGGCAGAACUGUUGUUUACAGCUAGAACCGCCAUUUGUAUCACAUCACAAAUAAGCCUAUUAGAAACUGAGAAUAAGUUCUUUCUAUCAAGCCUGUCUUCGUUUGCUGAUGAAGGAAUGCGCUUCGAUGCUAAAUCUACGACUUCUCAAUACAGCAGUUAGCUUUGAUUUCUUUGUUUGAAAAGUUCUCGUUCAAAAUGGUUCAGUCUGCUUUAUCGUGCGUACUACUGUUCUAUAGUGUGUACACAAAACGUAUUAUCGUUUAUCAAAAGCACUGCUUGCUUUUUUGUUUAAUUGGCAUAACUAUCCUCCUUCGGCACAUUUUAGGGGAUUGUUACCUUACUGACUUCCUCAGUAAAAGAACUACCAGGUAACAGGCUUCAGGAAACUUUGUUCAGCGUUAACUUCUUUUCAUGCAGGCGUGGAUUGCCGGGUAUAGAGUGUGUAUUAUUUCUAUUUGAGUUUGGAAAAGUUAGUUCUUUUAAAUUCGUCUGCUUGCAGUGUCGACCGAUCCAUACGGACUGAAUGUUGAAAUGUGGUCGGUCUAGGACCCACUGAAGAUGUCGCUGAAAGCCAAAUAAUUAGUACGCUGUUUGGGCGUAAAACUGAUUAACGUCUCUCAACGAAAAGCUAAAUGUCUCCGAUUGUAUUUAGUAGGGUAUCAGCCAGCCGUUUAGGACCAAAAAGCGCAAUAACGCCGAUUGGAGUCUAGGGUCUUUUCAGCUGAUGUCUGAUUGGCUGAUGGCUGUAACUAUGCCAGUAAUGGCAUUCAAGCUUCCUUCCUUUUAUUUUCGUGGUCCUUCGAGACUUAUCUUAAUUAAAUUAUACACAGCAAAUCUCAUUGCCAGCCAAUGUGAAUACUUUUAUCAGCAUAUAUCGUCUGUUUUUACAUAGUACUUUACACCUGGAAUUUCUGCAGCCUAUGCCAACAGAAACCGUUGAUAAUCAAUAUUUCUGGACUGCGUUGUUUGUUCUCUGUUAAAGUGGGCCGAAGGGCUGCUGAGUGAAGGAGAACGUUUGACAUAUUGUUUCGCUUCUGGGUGCUAGAUUGUUAACUCACCUGACUCUUAUUGACUUCAAAUUGCCUGCUAAAUACAAGGUUCUCUGCAUUGACCGGAGAACAUCAACGCUGAACCCGCCGUCCCCUAAUGUACCCUCAAGACACUGCUUGCUUGAUUAUAUCAAGGAGCCGCUUCGCAUUCUGGUCACUGAGUCUCUCUCCUUCAACCCACUCAACCAAUUUUUCAUCUGUGAAAUCGCCGACGGUUUCCGUUUCCCCGGGGUGAGUUGAAUAUGCGCAUCACUUAUUUACCCUACAGUCAGCAUAUCAUGUUGCCUUGAAUCAGCAGAUUAUGAACAGCCCCUAAAAGUAAAGCUAGGAUCGUAGUUGUGUUCGAACAGGGGCAGUACACAGCAUAAGUCUAGUUUAUAUAUAUAUAGCAAGUAUCUAGGUCGGGAGUACGGUAUAAUACCUUUACCAUAUGAAAUUCAUACUACUCGUAGUACUACUUGUUUGUAGAAUGGGCAUUACGUGGUUAUUCCACAGUAGUUGAUUGUCUUCGACUCAAAUGUUCAUUGAAAUUUCGGUUCUGACCCUAAAAAGUCAUGUCCCGGAGAUUUAACUCCAAGUUCUGCACUGAUUAAUUUCCGAAAUUAUUCACCUGAUUAUUCUCUGGAGUUCAUAUACCAGAAACUGCUAGAGAACGCUGGGGGUCCCACUGAAGAGCCGAACCCCUCGCAGCUGUGUCACGCAGCGGCAGAAUAUCGGCGAAACACGUGUCUGGGCUUUUAGCAAGUAUCUAGGUCGGGAGUACGGUAUAAUACCUUUAAUAUAUAUAUAUAUAUAUAUAUAUAUAAACCUUUUUCCCAUUUACGUCUGCAUGUUGUAUAGUCCUAUUUCACUCAGUAUUAUUCAGACUAACAGUCAGAUACGAGGCAGGUACUUUGUUGGAACCUGCGGCAAGCCGCCCUAUUAGACGUUCUCUCUCGCCGUCCACGAUGUUUAUAUAUAGGAUCAUUAUUGUUGGUGCGGUAGAAGUCCUUCUGAGCUCCAAGGCAUAAGUGCUCACGAGUCUAUCUACCUUUUGCGUGCAAGUGCAUAUCCAAGCAGUAGUUUCAGUAAAAAGAUAUUUUGAUAAGAAACAGUGCUUUCCGCAGUAGCUGUUAUCUGAGGCUACGCAAACGUAAUUGGUUCCACCAGUAUGGGAUAGUUAACCAGAACCCACACAUGUGUGCGCAAAAGAAUAAUUGCACUGUGUUUUGGGACAGUGUCAGUCGUGUACUGGGAACCCAGUUAGUCAGAGUUCGAGCAUUUGAAAAUAGUAAAAUAACCAUUCAGCCGCACGGGCUACGACUUGCUUCUUUACACUUUAAAUUAAGAAGUUUACCCCGGCAUUGCUAUUGCGACAUUUUAUAUACACCGUGGCCAUGGCCAUCCCAGUCUUCUGAUCUACUUCUGUUUCUUCUUCUAUGUAUUUGCGCAUGUUUGUGUUCCCUGUUCCAGCCGGUGGUCAGGGUCAUGAUUGGCUGAGCGAAGCCAAGCAAGCCAGAAACAGUACUGUAUCAAUUUACCCGCAUUCUCUGUCGUCCCUCCUCGCUGCUAUUAUGACUUGGCCGACUUCGGCCUGGUAAUUGGUUGCCUCAUUGUGAAUUUUGUCACCCAUAUGGAGCUUGUUUGUUUGGUGGAGCCAACAGAUUGGUGCGCGCACAUUCCUGACUGAAUAUAUAUAGAUAUGUAUAUCAAACGUAUUAUACCGUACUCCCGACAUAGGUACUAACUAUGAGCCCAGACACGUGUUUUGCCGAUAUUCGGCCGCUGCGUGACACAGCUGUGAGGGGUUCCGCUCCUUGGUGGGUCCACCAGCAUCCUCUAUGAGGUCUCUGGUAUACGAACUCCAGUGGAAAAUCAAGCGACUAAUUUCAUAAAUUAUUCAGUGCAAGACAUGGUGUUAAGUAUCCGGGACAUGACUUUUUAGAGUCAGACCCGAAAUUUCAAUGAACAUUCGAGUCGAAGACGAUCAACUACUGUGGAAUAAUCAUGGAAGGCCCAUUCUACAAUCAGGUAGUACUACGAGUAGUAUGGAAUGCAUACGGCAAACGCAUUCUACCGUACUCCAGACUCAGACACUAACUUAACUAUAUAUAUAUAUAUAUAUAAUAGAGGAGCGCUCAGCGAUCCUUUUUGCUGAACUUCUUCGCCUCGUUGUGUUUUGGGGCUUCCUCACUCUCGAGCCGAACUAGCAGCCGCGCAGCGGCGCGUACUGUAGGCAGAAUGAAACUGCCGACAAAGACAAGGGAGACUAGAAUGGCCAAUUCUGGUUCAUUAGCCCGAACUGUGGAACACCUGAGGCUCGAUUCCGCGACCUGUUGGUUAGACGUCCAAAAUCCUGACCACUGAGCCGCGGGCUCGUUGUCCUGCCGAUUUCAAUCAGAAUAUGGAAGGAUAGGAGGGCGCUCACCGAUCGUUUUUACGGAACUCUCAUGCGGUUGUGCCUUGAGGCUCUCACUCGAGCCUAGCCAACAGCCGCACAGCGGCGCGUCCUAUAGGCAUAUAGUAUUUGCCGUAUAGAUUUCAUGUUACUUGUAGUGCUGUUUGUUUGUAGCAUGCGUAUGACGUGGUUAUUUCACAGGGGUUGAUUGUCUUUCGAGUCUGAGCCUAAGAAGACAGGUUCCGGAGACAUAACUCCACGCCCUGCACUGAUUUAUCUCGAGAAUUAUUCACUCGAUUAUUCUCUUGAGUUCAUAUGCCAGAAGCCGCAUAGACGACGCUGCAGGAUCUAUUGAGGAGCCGAACCCCGCGAAGCUGUGUCAUGCAGCGGCAGAAUAUCGGCGAAACACGUGUCUGGGCUUUUAACUGUUUUUUUUUUAUCGUCAGGAGUACGGUAUGAUACCUUUUCCAUGCACAGAUAUAAAGGCAAAGUCCUGAAUAGGUAUUGCGGAUUUGGGACCUCCUUCUAUACUUCGCGGUGCACUGCUUGCACCCCUAUGCGUACACAGUGUGCACCUGUUGCAUGGAAAACACUUGCCUUUUUCUAUGAAUUGGCUCUCAUCCUAAGAUCGCGUUUGCAGUUAAAUUUUGGUUUUCCAGAGAUCAUUAUUCGCACUGUCAGGACUGGGUCCACUUAGAGCUUAAUAAAGGCGACAAGCAAGUCCAGGAUCGGCAUUCUUAACCCUUUUGAUUUUUAUAUUAUUUUGUUUAACGAAAACUACUGUCGGAAAUGUAGAUGCUUUUCUUCAUUUUGUAAAUGUUGAGAAAUUUUUAUCUAACGCCUGGCUUUUCUUCAGGGUUUCUGAGAUUUUCCGUAGUUUUUGCAAACACCCACUUAAACCAUUCGUUAUUGACCUGCAGCACAACACAUUUGAGGACGAUAUCUGGCAUCCUACAAGUGCUGAUGACAUCUUUGACUACAUUUCCGACCUUCGUGAAUAUCCCGAGCGCUCCCCAAAUUUGGCGAAGCUGGACCUCACAGACCUCCUCUAUCCCAUCUCCACUGUGAUGGCAGAUGCCUACGAGUUCACCACACUGCGUCUUAUUCUGAUCCUCUCCGACUCCAGAAGGGUGCCAGAUUUGGAUCUGGAAAAGCUGUAUGAACUCAAGAACGGGGGUCUUAUUAUCGAUGCAGUCAACCUCACUCAGGCGGUGGCUCUGGAUGGUCCUUCGCAACCCCUGCAGGUCAGCUCCUGA